AGACAACUGAAGUGUUUAGUGGUUUCAACGUCCCUGACUUGCCAUUCCACUGACGGACUUUAUAUAAAAGUGAGCAUUGUACUUGCAGGUUGUUGAUUUUUAUUUUGGUGAAGAGGUUGUCGUUGAUUUCAGUGCUUUCAUAUCUUUUCUAUCUCUUCUCUCUUCUCUGGUAAAUGCAUGCAUAUUAUGUGUUGCAGGAAAAACCUUGAUGAUGCAAUCAAUCUUCUUCUGGGGGUUUCAGCAUCCAAACUGCUUUUUGCCUGGGAUCAAAGUCAUUGUACUUGCACAAAAUUCAAGACCAUCGAGGACGAACACAAGCCCCUUAUGUUGAAGGAACUUGGGAAGUUGUGGGAAAAGGCUAGACCUAGUCUUCGGUGGAAGAAGGGAGAGUUCAACGAGACAAACACUUUGUUGGUGGAUGACUCCCCUUACAAAGCGAUACGGAAUCCAAUGCACACAGCAAUAUUUCCUUAUUCUUACCGGUACAGCGACACCGAUGACAUAUCAUUAGGACCUGGAGGUGAUCUUCGCGUUUAUCUGGAAGGAUUGGCUAUGGCCGAGAAUGUUCAGGAAUAUGUGGCUUCUCACCCAUUUGAUUAUGGGAAGGAUCCAAACACCUUAUUUUUCACGAAAGAUGCAGAAGAGCUAAGGAAGAAUUGCAAUGAAGGAUGCCGAGGAGUUAAGGGACAAUCGUAA